UGAGUUAGUGAUGGAGGUGAGAGCUCAGGCAGUUCUCGUGCUGCGUGUCCAUAGCAACCGUCGCCAACACAACAGCGGCGGUGGUGCAGACCUGAGGUUGGGAGCAGGUAUAGUUUGCUAAGAGGGACAUACAGUCUACAGCCUGCAAAGAUGCCAAUUAUCAAGAUCCCCAUAGUGAAAAAGUUUGGAAUAAUUUCUCACACGUACCAACUGCAGCUCCAAGAAAAGCUUGCAAAAGAAGCCAGCGAAGCCCUGAAACGCAGCCGCAAAAAGGAAAUGCGAAGAAACCCAGUUCAUAUCACUGAAGAAUUUGUCAAGAAAUUUAACUGCACACAAGAGCUAAAGGAAAAGGGACGGUUGAUAACCAUCGCUCAACAAAUGCUGAGCUGGAAUAAGCGCAAAGUUGGUUUUAAUACAAUGGGUUCAGGAUCCAAUGUGAAUCUAUCAGCAGGUUGGACAGAUCUAGUUUUGCUGGCUCAAUGUAAAGGGAUAAUACAAGACGGGGCUUUGGACAUUCUCUUGACUUCCUUGGACCACGCCCCAUUCGAUCCAGACCAGAUUUCUUGUUUGUUCUUUCUUGCGGAGACAGUUUUGUACUGGAUUUUUGCUGAUGCCAUACAACAGCCCUAUCUUUAUUCCAGCGAAAUCAAGAUCAUAAAGCUUGGAUUUUUGGUAUUUCUAAGAUUGUUCAUCUUUCACAAGGUUGGACUCUUGGAAGAUUUUAAGGAUCAUAAAGCUUAUCUUUGUGUCUAUUUAAAAGAUCUGCCAGAAUGUGAAACCUCCUACCAGCCUUAUCCAAAUGUUCUGCUCACUGUUCAGUUCAUCAUUAGAAUAGGGGAAGUAAUCUGCAGCUUUUCAAAACCAACUGAAUCAGAGUCAUCUGAUGACAGUGAUGAAGAAUUGGAUAGAAAGCUACAUGGAAUGUUCAACACAGAUCGAGUCAACGAGUUUCAGCAGAAAGAGUCUGGGAUUAAUCCGGUCCUUUGUGAUUGCCUUCUGAUUUGGUUUUGUGUGCAGCAUAACAUCCGGCAGUUGGAUAAUGUUCUACAACAUCUCCUCCUCCUCAGGGACCAACUGUGUGAGGCAAAUUGGAUUGAUUCUUUGCUGGCCUUGCUGCUUCUAAGUGAAGCUGCUAAAAUGAACAUGGCUUGUUUCAAGGUUUUAACAGAUCUAGCAAGCAAUAUGAUCGAGAUACAACCACCCAUCCUAUUGGAGGACUCUGUGGAGAGAGAAGAUCCACAUGUUUGGCCCUGGCAGCUGGGCCAUAUCUAUAGCUGUAUGCUAGGUGAUAUUUGUCUCUAUGGCAUCAAUACAGAAAUACAAAAGUCUGCUCUAAUUGGUUUGGGAAAUCCAUCAAACAGACCAAAGCAACUCCUCCAUACAGGAGGAUUACUUGAACUUUUGGAGUACUGUCCAUCAACAGCACCCGAUCCUGGUUUAAAAAUUGAAGGAUGCUGUGGCCAGCAAAGAUUGCCUCUCAAUAAAAAGAACCAAGUUUGUAACAUGUCAACGGAGGAGAAAGAGAGGGAGGAUACUGUGUCCCCUGACUCCAUAAAUUCUGAUCAUGAUAGUAGCUGGUUUAUUUGCUAUGGAGCAGCAUACAGUCUGGCAAAGGUCUGUCAGAUUCUCACUGGUGACAAGAAUCGAGAGGGGCUGAGGUAUGCUGCAUGGAGUGCUCUGCGAAAGCAAAGCUGGAAACACAACAGUGGAAUGCUGACAGCUAUUAAAAUAGCUGAGGCAGAGUUAAACGGCCCAAUAAAUCCUUGCAUUAAUGGAAACCUGAAAAUUUCAGCAUCUCCCAGAAGCUUAAGUGCAGCUCCACAUAUAGGUUACAGAAUAGGAAGUAUUCUUUCUCAGCUCUACCUGCCUUCUGUGGUUCCUCACCUUCCUGUGCCUCAGCUACCACCACAACGAGCUCCACUUCCCAGACAACCUAAGAUAGAAAAAAAAAUGUCAGGUCUUACCCUCAGAGAAGAAAUAAUGUUACCAGAAGCAAUUUAUCAAGCACCCCCUAGCUUUAAUGUUCGCACAAGCUUUGAUCUCCGGAGAAUAAUGGAAGAUCAGUGGAGGAAAGAACUGCAGGUAAAACUGGAAGAAGAGGAAGAAAACAGGGAGAUAGAACUACAAGACAAAAUGCAAAAAGAGAUUUGGAAAGAAGGAGAAAGUUCACAAAAUAUCAAUGACACAUUAAACUCCUCUCAUAAUGAAAUGUAGCUAGAUUAUUUGUGACUCUUGUACUGCUGCAAGAUUUAACUACAGAAUUUGUGUCUGACAAUUUCUUGUGGAAAACGAGCCCUGUUGGAACAAAAAUGCAACUACUGUACCUCUCUCCCACUUUUCACUAAUAUUCUGUCAAAUUUCAUUAAAAGUUCCAGUCUCAAA